ACCCACCAUGAUUGUACAAACUACAAAAAUGACUAGAGACCCGUCGAAGUUAGUUCCGAACAGCUCAAAUGGCUUCCAAGCUACUUUCCCUCCGACGGCUCUCAAGGCUUCGAAACCCUUACCUCCCUUCUUCUUCGAUUUCUUCACGGAUCCUGCUUUUGCAAGCUACCAACUCCCGCUGUUCUCGUUUCGACUUCAAAAUCGCUGAUGUUUCAGCUUCCUCCAGGAGUUUCUGUUCUAGCUCUUCUGCUACCGACGUCCAGGGCCCCUCGGCCAUUGACUACCGCUCUCUUCUGCAGGAAAACGAAUUUCAUGAGUUAGCUGAUUCGACUAUUCACGACCUUCAAGAGAAAUUGGAGGAAUAUGGGGAUACAGUUCAAGUAGAUGGAUUUGAUAUAGACUAUGGGAAUGAGGUUCUGACCCUGAAGCUUGGGGAGCUAGGCACCUAUGUGUUGAACAAACAAACUCCCAAUAGGCAACUUUGGCUGUCAUCCCCUCUGAGUGGUCCGUCGAGAUUUGACUGGGACCGGGAUGCUGAAGCCUGGGUUUAUCGUAGAACCAAGUCGAACUUGAUCGAAGUUUUGGAAAGUGAGCUAAAGCAGUUGUGUGGUGAACCCAUCAAGCUAACUACAUAAACAAGUGGUUAGACCAAGACUUCGCUCCUAUAUCACAAACUUUCUCGUCCAAUCCUUAUAUCAUGUACUGUUAUGAACCAAUCGCCCGUUAGUAUAUUCUCAAGGGGUCGUUUGGAUAAGGGAUUGUAAUGAGAGAUUUGUGAGAGAUUUUAAAACAAUCCCUCAUUAUGCAGGAUUUUAAAACAAUCAUGCGUUUGGGAAGAUGAGAGUUUUUUACCAUUAGAGAUUUUAAAAACCUUCAAAUGUGGGUUUUUGAAAUAACUGAUCACCAUCAGCUAUUUCACAAUCCCUCAUUAUUUUUAU